UUUAGGUGGGUGAGAUGCGGAUGUGGUUGUUUGGGCCCAGUUCGCUUCUCUGGCUGCUGGCGCUGCAGCUGAUAAUUAGCGCGCCUGCGCGUGCGGGCCUCACCAUUACACGCCACCUCAAGGGCGAUCUCUUCUCGCCUCCAGAAUGCGGAGAGGCGACCUGCGCAGGCGUGAGUGCCGGGACGGCGGGCGCCGGCCUGGGCCUGAGUGACGGGUGGGGCGACGCUACCAACGCACGAUGCACGUGUCAGUGUCGCGACGCUCUGCCCGUGUUUCGCGACGAUCUGCGUGUCUGCGUCGAUGACAUACAAGCAACAAUAGAUCUGUUGACAAUGGAAUUUGGAGUGAAUGUUUGGAAUACAAUUUUCGACUUUGCAGCUUUGUUGAGACUAUUUUGGAAGUAA